ACGAAUUGUGCGACUGAGGUUCAUGUCCACAAUACAUCUCUAGAGACUAACGUGUGCGAUCCAUGCCCAUCACAUUUAUCACAAUAAAAUACUAAAUAAAAAAUAACUAUCAAAAGAAUUUAAAACCAGACAGAAUUAUUUGCAGUUUGCUUCGAGGGCUCUUCUUCUUCUUCUCAAUUUUCCGCUUCAAUCUCCGAUGCUCUCAGGCUUUUCAUCAAAUUAUCCACGAAUUCCGUCCAUUCCAAACCCUAAUCACUUGCUUCCGUAACCGCUAUUCGUCGAAACCAAGUCGCUGGAAAAUCGCGCAAUCCAGAGCCCUAGUUCUUCAAAGCGGGGGACGGGAUUCUAUUUUUGUCGGGGGGGCGAAGUUCGAAUUUUCGAAGAUGAGUGCUCAGAAGAAGAGGAAUUUCCAGAUAGAGGCGUUCAAGCAUCGGGUCGUGGUGGAUCCGAAGUACGCAGAGAAGACUUGGAAGAUUCUGGAGCAUGCGAUUCACGAGAUCUACAAUCACAACGCUAGUGGCCUCAGCUUUGAAGAGCUUUACAGGAAUGCUUACAAUAUGGUUCUGCACAAAUUCGGAGAGAAACUCUAUUCUGGGCUUGUGUUGACAAUGACAUCACAUUUAAAGGAAAUAGCCGAAUCAAUUGAAGCUGCUCAGGGAGAUUUGUUUCUGGAAGAGCUAAACAGGAAAUGGGCAGACCACAACAAGGCAUUGCAAAUGAUCCGAGACAUAUUGAUGUAUAUGGACAGGACUUUCAUCCCCAGUACACGCAAAACCCCAGUUCAUGAGCUAGGGUUGAAUUUGUGGAGGGACAACAUUAUCCACUCUAGCAACAUACAAUCGAGGCUUCAUGAUACACUUCUUGAACUUGUUCAGAGAGAGAGGACUGGUGAAGUUAUAGACAGGGGUCUCAUGAGGAAUGUAAUAAAAAUGUUAAUGGAUUUGGGUUCUUCUGUUUACCAAGAAGAUUUUGAGAAACCAUUUCUCGAAGUCUCUGCUGAUUUCUACCGCGGUGAGUCACAACAGUUUAUUGAGUCCUGUGACUGUGGGGAUUUUCUAAAGAAAGCUGAGCGACGUCUGAAUGAAGAAAUUGAAAGAGUCACCCACUAUUUGGAUGCAAAAAGUGAAGCCAAGAUCACUAAUGUGGUGGAGACGGAGAUGAUUAAAUGCCAUAUGCAAACAUUAGUCCACAUGGAUAACUCAGGCUUAGUUAACAUGAUUGUGGAUGAUAAAUAUGAGGAUCUAGGAAGGAUGUACAGCUUGUUCCGUAGGGUGCAUAAUGGACUCUCAAUAAUCAGAGAUGUCAUGACUUCUCACAUUAGGGAUACAGGUAAGCAACUAGUUACUGAUCCGGAAAGGUUAAAGGACCCUGUAGAUUUUGUGCAGCGGCUCUUGGACAAGAAAGAUAAACAUGAUAAGAUUAUCAGUUUAGCAUUUUCCAACGACAAAACGUUCCAGAAUGCCUUGAAUUCCUCGUUUGAAUAUUUCAUUAAUUUGAACCCUAGGUCUCCAGAAUACAUAUCGUUGUUUGUGGACGAUAAGCUCCGGAAAGGACUGAAAGGGGUGAGUGAGGAGGAUGUUGAGAUGGUACUUGACAAGGUGAUGAUGCUUUUCCGUUACCUCCAAGAGAAAGAUGUGUUUGAAAAAUACUACAAGCAACAUUUGGCUAAGAGGCUUCUACCAGGGAAAACUGUAUCUGACGAUGCGGAAAGAAGUCUGAUAGUUAAGCUCAAAACAGAAUGUGGGUAUCAGUUCACAUCUAAGUUGGAAGGUAUGUUCACAGAUAUGAAGACAUCUCAAGAUACAAUGAAGGGGUUCUAUGCGAGCUUGGGCCCCGAUGUAACAGACCACCCCCAACUAACUGUCCAAGUCCUCACCACGGGCUCUUGGCCAAGUCAGUCAAGUGCCACUUGCAAUCUCCCAUCCGAAAUCCUGGGGAUAUGUGAGAAGUUCCGUAUGUAUUAUCUUGGGACCCACACCGGGCGGAGGCUAUCAUGGCAGACAAACAUGGGCUAUGCUGAUAUAAAAGCAACAUUUGGGAAAGGCCAGAAACAUGAGCUGAAUGUUUCCACAUACCAGAUGUGUAUCCUCAUGUUAUUCAACAGUGCCGAUAGGCUAAGCUAUAGAGAAAUCGAACAAGCGACGGAAAUACCCGUCUUGGACUUGAAGAGGUCUCUGCAGUCUUUGGCCUGCGCCAAGGGUAGAAACGUACUUGGAAAAGAACCCAUGACCAAAGAAGUUGGUGAAGAUGAUGCCUUCUUCUUCAAUGAUAAGUUUUCGUGCAAGUUGUACAAGGUGAAGAUAGGUACUGUGGUUGCGCAAAAGGAGAGUGAACCAGAAAAGCAGGAGACGCGUCAGAGGGUGGAGGAGGAUAGGAAGCCCCAGAUAGAGGCAGCGAUAGUGAGGAUCAUGAAGUCAAGGAGGGUGCUGGAUCACAAUAACAUUGUCACUGAGGUCACAAAACAGCUGCAAUCGCGGUUUUUGCCGAAUCCUGUUCUGAUAAAGAAGCGAAUCGAGUCGCUGAUUGAGAGGGAGUUUCUGGAGAGGGAUAAAGUGGAUAGAAAGUUGUAUCGAUACCUUGCAUGAAGAAGUUAAUUACCCAGUGAUUGUGUCUUGUGAAGGGGCUUUUUGUGGCCUCGAAUGGUUGAAUUGUAUGCUGGAUGUUGUUCUUAAAUCAUUGCUAGCCCAGUUUGGUUAAACUUAA